GCUCCGGGGCGCCGGCGGGCGGGCUCCCCGCGGGCGGAGGCGGGCGGGCGGCUGCUGCUCCGCUUCGCCGCCGGGCUCAGGCUGCGCGGCCUGCCCGGGGCGGGGCUCGGCCCGGCCUGCGGUUAACUCCUUGGAGCCCGGGCUGCGGGCCGGCCACGCCCCCUCAGGUACGCACCGGCGCGUAGGCCGGGCCGUGAAUAACCGAGGGACUUACGGGUGGGCUGCGGGCGCGACGCCGCCUGCGCCCUGGGCUCCACGGAUCAACCCCGCUGCCUGCCUGGCCCGCGCCCCACCCCGACUGCCCAUUUCUAGGGUCUUUUGACUCGGACGCCCUAAAUCUCCCGGCUCGCUAACACCUGUCUCCUCGGGCGGUCGUGGUACCCGGGGCUGGAGGGAGCCUCUGGCCGCAUCCCUGCCCUGCCCCGACCCCUCCUCACUCCAUCCCGAGUCCCCUAAGUAAAGUUCAGACCCCGGGGCUCCGCCCGGGGCCCACCCUCCUACUUCUUUGUCCUAAUGACCCUCUUUUAAGAGCAGCCUCCACCUGCGGGGAAGCCCCGCCCCCGCCAGGCCCCGCCCCCUUAAAGGCCACCGCCCCUCGCAGCCCGCGCUCCCUCGGGGGGACCUUUCCUUGGGGUGACACUGCCCCGUCCGUGUGUGCCCAGAGCCCCUCCGUGCUGCACCCCCUGCUCUUUGUGUUCCUUUCACUGAGGGGGACCUCCCAGAGUGACUCGGCCGGCCAUUGUGACCCCGCCUCUCAAGGUGACUCCUCCCCUCGCUCUCGCCUAGCCCGCGGCGGUGUGACCCUGUCGGCAGGUUGCGCCCCGCGUCGCGUAGACGCGAGUCUGCCCCCUCAGGCCAGAGGAGGAGGUGCAGAGGCCUCGACAGCGGUUGGGCUCCUCUGAGCGCGCACGCCCGGUCUCGGGACGUGGCUUUGGCUCGGCCCGGCGUUUCCGGCUCGGCCGCUGACUCCUCCCCUCAAGGUCGUCGUGAAACAGCCAAUCAUCGCCAGGGGUGCGUGACGUCCCUGGAUCCCGGCGGACAGAGGCCUCCUGGCAUCCGUGAGCCUGCUGCCACCUCGCGGCCGAGUGGAGCGAGGCGGGAGCGGCUGCGAGGCUGCCAGGCGGUCUUGGAGGCAGUGCACCGUAUAAGGGAAAAAGAAUCGUGCAGUUUGUGCAGGGUCUAGAGACACUCGGAAUGUGCACCUAUGGACUAAUUAACCUCUGCAUGGUACACUGGACACUGCCCACUACUUCGGUUCAGCAUGGGCCAGACCUAUGGGCAGGUGACCGGUCAGCUACUUCGAGGCUCUCCUGGUCUAGCCUGGCCUCCUGCCCACCGUACACUUCUGCCUCCCAUCCAGUCUCCACGAUCCCCUAUAAUUUCCAGGGGGAGGCUGCCUCCCAGGCGUGGGCAUGAAAGGCUCAGCUCCAGGAUAAUCCCUGGGUAUACAGGUUUUAUACCACAGGCACAGUUCAUUUUUGCCAAGAAUUGCAACCAGGUUUGGGCUGAAGCUAUGGAUGAUUUUACGCAAAGGCAUGGGCCGCAGGAGAGCCAUGGAUUGUUAAAGGAAGCCAAGGGAAGAAAAGAGGAAGACCAAGGGCUGGAGGCUGAGGGGCCAGAGCUGAAGCAGGAGGUGGCCCAAGCUUCCCCCUACUCCAUGGAUGACACAGAUCCCCAGAAGUUCUUCAUGUCAGGCUUCACUGGCUAUGUGCCCCGUGCUCGCUUCCUCUUUGGCUCCAGCUUCCCCGUGCUCACCAACCAGGCACUGCAGGAAUUUGGGCAGACGUGCUCACAGAGCAGGGUGCAGAAGGAUCCCAAACCUUCCUCCCCACUCCCCAGGUCCAACUUCCAGAACCUGGGUCUCCUCCCUCACUAUGGAGGCUACGUGCCAGGGUAUAAGUUCCAGUUUGGCGGUACAUUUGGGCAUCUCACCCAUGAUGCUCUGGGUCUUGGCACUACUCAGAAACAGCUCUUGGCUUAAGUACCUGGACUUCAAGUUCUCCUUUUCAUCCUAUCCCAGUGAUCUUUUUGGGAGGAAGAGAGGUGGGAAGGGAGAAGGGCACAAAGAAAAUAGUCUGGAGGCUGAGCACCUUUUUAUUAAUAGGUGUAAUAAAUAAAUAAAUACAUAAAUAAAUACAUAAACAGAAGCCUGGCUCCUCCUCCUAUUCUGACCAGGCUCUGGUCACUGCCUAUUUACAGCCAGAGGGGCUUAGGACCCCAAUACUGUCAUCCACCCUCAUUACCACUCAGUGAACCCACAAAUGACCUCUGGGCCACCUCCCUCCAGAGACUUGUCUACACCCGUGGAAGUAUUGGCCCAGAUGGGAGCCCAGCACUGUCCUCCCGUCCUCUCCCGGGUGGAGGUCUGGACAGAGCUGCUGGGACAGUUGAGGAGGAGUAAUUAAUACUGAGCACAGGGAGCAGGUGCCAGCACAGGGACAUGUGGCCCCCAGCUCUCAGUCUACGUUUUGUAGCCAAGCCUAAGGGCUUGGGAAGGACUCUCAGGCUCCGAGUCUUGGGGAAUAUGAGGGUCCCUGAGGCCACCAGCAUGCACAAGGCCUCAGUUUUGGCUGCUUCCAGUUGGUGAACUUGGAGUUGGGGUCAGUGUCACAUAGGCCAGUGGUACCAAGCCAGUAUCAGGGCCUCGGCUACAGCGCAGCCAAUCUCCUCCGGCUGCUCCCAGUACCCGCAGGAUAUCUCCUUUGUGGAAGCUCAGUUGUCCAGGGCCUGUGGCCAGAUGGUGGCACAGUGCCUGCACCUCGCUGGAGAAACAACAAACGGCAGUCAGGGAAGGCCUCCAGAAUGCCAGGAAGCUCCCCAGUACUUCAUCCCCCUGGCGUACCACGGAGGUUUGGAGGGCAGGGCUGGCAAGUGUGAGUCCUGCAGGUUCUCCCUGGGCUCCGGCUCCCGACGGGCCCCCAUCGUCUGUGCCACGAGCUGGAACACAGACCUGUCCAGGCUCAGCCAGUCUGACGGCAGCCUAGAGGAGAGGAGAGGGAGUCUGCCUGUGCCCACAUUUAGGCCGGCUCUGCCAGCCACACCACCGUCUAUGGCAGCAGUGCCUCUCACCUGUUUGCGGGCCGAGCGUCCCGAGGAGCUUUUCGAGAACCGAAGAGGUGUCCCCACUUGAUGCCCCCGGGUGACGACUCUGCAGUCCCUUCUUCAUUUUCUGUUGGUGGGGCAACGGGCCCUUCCCUCUCUCGACUUCGCCUCAGCUCAGCUAGCACAGAGUCAGGGGGGCUCCCCAUCCAGAAAGGCCAGCCCCUUUCUUGGCCAAGGGCCUCCUCAGGGGCAGGGCAGGCCUCAGCCCCCUCUACCACACCUUCCCGUGGCGGGGGAGCCUGGGAAGGCCCCCCACUGCCUCCACCUUUCUUCUCACUGCCAGCGCUGCUGCGAGGGAAUCUGGAGCCCUCCGUAGCUCCCUCGAUGUAGACCUGGGAGCUCUGCAUGAGCUGGUACCACCAGCCAGCCUGCCCCCCUCGGGUCCACCUGCCAUGCUCUGAGCUGCCCCCAACCACGGCGGCCGCCUCCUCCGUGUCUUCCUCCUCCUCCUCUUCUCCACCUUCGGAGGCACCCACACCCUUCACCCGCUCCCCAGGGGCCACCCUGUCCGAGUCUCCGGGGCCCUCCUGGCCUCGGGCCCUGGCCAGCUGCAGUGUGGAGUGUGCAGACAGAAGCAGGUCCUGGGACACACGCAGCAGUUCCUUGUGAUGCCGCUGCUGCUGCCCACUCUGCAGCAGCCGGUGCUGGAAGAGCAGGUCGAGGCUGAAGGGCAGCAGGGCUAAGGGCUGGAGCAGAAGCAGCAGCUCCUCGAAGAGGCCAGGGCACACGGUGUGGGCGGCGCGCAGGAAGCCCCAGGGCUGGUAGUGGGUCUGGAUGAUAUCUAGAGAGAGAGAGACCGACUCACACACAGGGGAAUCCGGCCUGAGAAGGACACGGAAAAGCAACCUGUGCCGGCGCGCAUGCCUCUGCCAGGCUGCUCUCUGCUUCAGUUCACACAGGGCCCGCUGCAGUGAGUGGGUGGGGCAUGCAUCCUGUCACCCCAUGUGGCGGGGUUCAUGGCCACCCUGACUCCUAGACUGCCUAAGUCUGCUGCUGCCCCAAGGUUCUAAGUCAAGUAGAAGCCCCAAACUCCAAGAAUGAGAGUCUGGGUGGGCCUCCUCCCUGUUUCCUGUUCUGAGUUGGUAAGCCAGACCAGGCUGUGGGCAUUACCUUCAUGGUUAUACAGGUGAUUAAACCAGAACUCCAGGGACCGGAUGCUGUAGAAAGAUAGGCGAAAGGGUUAAGUCUCGUGUGGAUACAGCCAGACGGUGAGGUACAAAGGACGUGGGUGCAGAAGGUCAGGUACAGGGAGGAAAUACGGGUGGACAUCUGUGGCUGGGUGCUGCCUGGUUUACGCUGGGAUGUCAAUGGGAUGUGGGGAGUGGGGUAACUGUGGAAUUCACAAAUCACUCAUUUUGUCUUGGAAUGGAGGCGGCAUACGUCCACCAGAGUGACGACUGCUUUUGGCCAAAGGUAAUGACGGCCGCUACGUGGGAAAUACUACUACUCUGGCAUGCUCUCUGAGUCCAGGCAGUCAGCCCUUUAGAGGACACAGAGCUAUGGUGAUACUGCCUGCUUAGAUCUUGCCUUCUACACACUUACUUGAGCAGGCCGAGGAUGAAGGCGUUGAAGCGCAUAGUGUGACUGGUGAGUUCUGGGAACUGGCUGACUUUGUUGUAGAGACCAUGCAAGACCUUGGUGGAUGGGCCUGGGGAGCAGACAGGGAUGGAGAUCACAUCUCUGGAACCCUGAGUUCUGUAUGGAACCCAGUGUUGAAAUCCAGCACCUACCUAGCUGUGUAGAAGCCUCAACCACACUCCAAGGCAUGUUCUUACGUUGUCCAAUGAUCACAUCUAGUACGAAGGCCUUGAGCCCGUCCUCCAGCACAGCUUGGACUGCAGGGCACAGGUACUUCAGAACCAGGUGGCCUACAUUGGGGCUCACAGAACUGUUUCCCAGCUUUGCCUGCAGAUGCACAGGGCGACAUCAGAAGCCUGACCUUGUUCUCACUUGGCCAGCCCACCGGUUUCCCUCUGGCUAUUUCCAUCCCUGAUUCCAACUCUGGGCUCUGGAUUUGAGAGAGCAAGGGAAGGUGACAGACAGCUGAGUCUGCAGGACGGAGCUCAGCUCCUCACAGUGCAGCCUACCUUGACACCAGGAUCCCGGCUUGUGCCAAAAUGGGCCACAAUAAGGUCCACAGCAGUGUUGACAGCUUUCACCAGCCCUGUGAGGAAGAAGUCGAUGUGAUAGGUCCCUUCUUUGAGACUCCAGCCCACCCAGUGGUGGAGAAGAGGAAGCUGGCCCACGCUCACCCCUGUCCCCUCCCCAUAUAUCCUUGUCCUUGCACUCAUUGUGGGGGGGGGGCUGCUCUCUCCACAGAGGGCUCUCCCCUCUCUGACCUUUACAUCUCACUUGCUACAAGGUACUCUAACUUCUCCUUUGCUAAGCUCCUGCCCUUUUGCCCACACUUAUGCUUAGUUAUUUUACCAACAUCUCCCUAAAAUUAUGCAUAGGUCACUGGUCACUAAUCUGCUAACAGCAUGUCCCUGUCCUCGUCUUCUCUAAUGUCACCAACAUACGCACUCAAGGGGUUAUACCUUCAGCACUUAGGACUUUUCGUUUGUUAACAUGGUCUCACUAUGUUACC